AUGGCUGCCAUGUCCACCGCCCAGACGGCCACCACCCUCACUCCGCCCAGCAGUUCCCACGGCGAUGCGAAUGGAUUUCGAUGGGAUUUCGCCACAGAUCCAGCUGGUAGACCUGAUGUGAGUUUUCCUCUUGGUCUAGGCCAACUGCAUGAGCAUGACGACGGCUCGACAAGCUUGAAAAGGGGAAAGGCUAACGUGUGCGUCCGUGUCCAAUUUCUGCAGGAACGACACUACGAAGAGAAGGCAUCGCUCAAGGGCACCGGGCCAAAUGGAAAUACCAGGCCAACUCUUGCCGCGCAGAAUGGCAACUCGGCCUCCUUCGGCUCGGCCAUGUCAGUUAAGACAGCAAAUGGCGAGGAGGCGGUGAACAGGCAGUUCUCACACGCGCACAGCAACGAGGACACCCCCGACACCAUGGCCGACGGCCCGAUGGACUAUGACGAUGACGACGACGACCGCUACGUGAGGACCGCCGAUGGAUAUGUAUACUCGAGCAAGCGGCCCAACAACGGUAUGGAGUGGUCCGACGAGGACUCGAAGUGGAUCCACCGGGACAAGCUCGUCAAGAUCGAGAACGAGGAGCUCCAGGCUGCCGGCAUCAUCCUUCCCCCACCGCGGUCCAGAAGUAAAGGGCCAAGGAGGGACAGGAGCCAGAGUAGCCACAGGAAGAUGGGCAACGAUGGCACCACGAGAAGUAGGAAGAAUUCGUCGCACGUGUUUGAGUCGGGCAUGAACGAGGAGAGCGGCGAUGGCGAUGCACCAUCCAGGCCGAUGACUGGCUCGAGGAUACCCGUGCCGAAGAAGAGCCCAGCGUUUGCACACUCGAGGGAGAAUAGCGUUGAGGAACAUGACAAGGACAAGCGGCCCGAUGGCACCACUAGCACGCGGUCGAGGUCGAACAGUACCACCCUCAAGGGCUUGGAGCCCUCGCCGACGUUCAAGUCUACCCCGCCCAAAAAAGCAGCCACUGAGCCGCCAACCAAGAAGACGACACCAGCCGGUGGGGCUCGGAAGCCGUCCGGUCCAUCGAAGAGCAUCCCGCCCGAGGCACGCGGCAGGCCGAAGCCGAAAGGCAAGAAUGGAGCCAACGGUAGCAACGGGCGGCCAAACACCAGGUCCGGCGAGCGUGAAUUAUCCGUCAGCUCGUCAGGCCCCAAGCAGAUGGAAGGCGAGCCGCCAUGGAUGGUCUCGGCGUACAAGCCCGAUCCCCGGCUGCCACCAGAUCAGCAAUUGCUACCCACCGUGGCAAAGAGACUGGCGCAGGAGAAGUGGGAGCAGGAAGGCAAGUUUGGGAACGUCUACGACAAGGACUUCAGACCUCUCACAGAUGAGGGCUUCCUCGCACCCCCGCUUGCAUCCUCAUCGCCUGCGAUACAGCCGACUUCGUCCACCGAUAACAUCGUCGAGCAACAAGUUGAAAAGCCGGACGAGUGGCCGCUGCGAUCAGCCGAUGCCCCCAAGAGCCCUGCGUCUAUCGGAAGGUCAAGCACGUACUCGACCAUGCCCAGGAUUCAGGACAAGCCGCCAUCACAUAGCCCGCUGGCGAGUCCAAGGGAACCGCAGCAGCCUCUGCCUUCACAGCCGACACAACAGCCUGCGCCGUCGAAGCCAACGCAGAUCACUAGGGUGCCGGACGUGGAGAAGGCCGAGGAAGGGACCGAGGCAGAGAAGAAGGGAGGCUGUGGAUGCUGCAUCGUGAUGUGA